AUGGAGGAGGUGAUAGAGGAGGUACUGGAGGAGGUGAUGGUGGAGGUGAUGGUGGAGGUGCUGGAGGAGGUGAUGGAGGAGGUGAUGAGGAGCUCUCAGUCUCUGAAAAGUGACCGGUCCAAAGACAAGCCUCCAAACUUCAGAGAAGAUGGUCCUGAAGAUCAGAGAUUCAGACUCUACAACAUGGAGCCACGAGGAUCUGGCCCCGGGUCUAAACCCAGACCUGGACCUGGACCUGCUCCCAGCUCUGUGUCUGUGAAAAGUGACGAGUCCAGAAACCUUCCUCCUCUCUUCAGAGAAGAUGGUCCUGAAGAUCAGAGGGAUCCAGGUCCAAAGGAGCCGCUGGACGCCAUCUUGAGGCGUCUGCAGGAGGACGUGGUGACUUUUGUCAAAGAGCAGCUGCAGAGGAUCCAAAGGCUCCUGGCCUCAGAUUACCCAGAAUGCUCUGAGAGUGAGGUGCAGAGCAGAGAGGUUCUGAACAUCGCCCUGGACUUCCUGAGGAGGAUGAAGCAGGAGCAGCUGGUCCAGCGCCUGCAGAGCAACUCCGACCUGCAGGACUUUGACCUGAGGAAAUACCGGGCCUCAGAGACAGCUCUCCUGGGUCUGCUGCCGGUGGUCAGAGCCUCCACCAAAGCCCUGUUGAGGGAGUGUGGACUGUCCCCUCACAGCUGUGGUCCUCUGGCCUCAGUCCUCAGCUCCUCCAGUCUCACACACCUGGAUCUGAGUAACAACGACCUCCAGGACUCAGGAGUGGAGCUGCUGUGUUCUGGACUGAAGAGCGCCCCCUGUGGACUGCACACUCUCAGGCUGUCUGGAUGUCUGAUCUCAGAGAGGGGCGAGGCUGCUCUGGCCUCAGCUCUAAGCCCCGCCCCCUCCCAUCUGAGAGAGUUGGACCUGAGCUACAACCAUCCAGGAGACCCAAAUAGAACUGCAUUGGUCAUCGAGGAAGCCAGCUGGACCUCCACAACGGCAACGGCUCCUACCGUUCUCCUGUACUUUCCUCACCCCACAACAAUCAUGGCCACUGAACAAGAGCUCAGAGACUUGGUCCAGCAGCUCCAGGCCCGCCCACCUAGCCUAACGGCAAACUCUGAGUUCACAGAGCUGCGACAGCUUCUAGAAAAGCAACAGGAACAGUUAAAUCAACUGACCCAGGGGUUGUUGGCAUUGCAGACAGCCCCCCGACCUCCAGUCAGGCGACCUAACACCCUACUGUGCCUCCGCUGUCAAAAACCCGGCCAUUUUGCUCGGGAGUGUGAUAAUGAGCGGUUCAUUCCACAGGCUCGGCCUCAGCAUGUGGCCACUACCUCUGCUCUUCAGGAGGCGGGAAACUUCAACCCUCUGGUGUAA